AUGGACCCCCAACCUCCGCAACCAUGCUUUUUGAAAUGUAAGGACAAUUAUAUGAAUAAUAUGCAGUUUGAUAUGGGAGAUUUUAACGAAUGGUCAGUCGACAUGAUUACUCCAAUCAAUAGUCUAUUGAAAUUUAGCAGCGAACGAAUGGCUUAUCGGCUCACAAAGGCUUGCAAGAGGAACGACGAGUAUUAUAUAUGUCUCCGCAGAUGCCCUAAUGUGGCAGCCAAAGAAAUUCUAAUAAAAGGACAGAAUGUUUGGAGAAUACUUUGUCAUGAUUUUAGGAAUGAUACAGAUUUUCGAACUAUUAUUGUGCCUUGUUGGUCAGAAUACGGAUUGGAGAUAUCAAGACGAUGUGACAAUUUGGCCGUAUUCCUGCAAUCUGAAGUGCAACAGUUACUACAGGCCGGAUCAUCAUCUAUUCAAGAAUCUCUAGAUGGACUCUGCAAGAGUAUUCAUAGCUAUGAUAAAUGUUUCGUUGAUGAAAAUUACGACUUCUGUGGUUCUGCAGCUGCACGGUUUUUAAUCAAGCUAAACCAUCAAACAUCACAUACAAUCUUGGACUUGCUCGAUUCAAAUAAUAUGAUAGGGAAACUUCCAAAAAGUUGUAAAGAUUGGCUCAAUCAGAAAGGGAUGAGCGGAUGGCAAAAAGCAAAGCCUUCCCAACGAAAGCUAAGAAAUUUUGAACCUUCCUACUUUGUUGCGUUAUCGUUUAUAAUACCUAUUAUGCUUAUAUAG